AUGACGGGCUCCGCAGGAGCGGCUACAGCGGCUACUUCCAGCCGCGGAAACAGGAAUUUUCCACAGGAAGGAGACUACGAGAUGAUUUUGCCGAAUUUGCCAACAGGUCGUUUUGUUAUUAAUACAGUUUUUCUUCACGGGGACGUUCAAGCGCGACCUUACCGAGUAGAGGACUUUCGCGACGCACUGGCUGAGUUGACGCUGCUUCCUGAGGUUAUCGCCUUAGGGGCGUAUCGAAUGAGCCAUGUGUGGGCCGUAACUUUCAAGAGUGCUGAAGCCGUCAAGAAGAUACUCGCUGCAAGUGAACUGAAGGUCAAAGGCCGACGCUGCGUCGUCAUUGAUCCUGGAAAUCAAGAUGUAAGAAUGAAAGUUCACUGGCUACUACACAACAUUCCAGACGACGACGUGCGCGUGGCUUUCCUGCCUUAUGGAAGAGUGACGGAAAUCAGCAGAGAACGGUGGCGUGUUCACGGAAUUGCUGACAAGGGGUCCACCACCCGGUUGGUGUCCCUGCGACUCAAAGCCGGCGUCAAGCUUGAAGACCUACCACACCAGGUGAACGUCGCAGGCGAACAAGCUUUGGUUGUCGUAUCGGGUCGUGCACCAAUGUGCCUUCGCUGUCAUACGACGGGGCACAUCCGCCGCGACUGCAGAGUUCCAAAAUGCAGCGCAUGCCGAAGAUUCGGACAUGAAGAAGGACAUUGCCCUAAGACAUACGCCAGCGUCACAGGGCCUUCGAGUGCUGAGGAACCAUCCGAGCUCCUCAUGGACGAAACCGACGCCGAGGAAGCUGCCAAGCCUUCAGGUGACGCCGCAACCGGAAAAAUGGUAACAUUGCGCAAACCUAGCCAACAGUGGCAUGAAAGUCACGGCAGAGCAGAGGCCUCGGUCGAGGUGCUGAAGACCACCUCGAAGCUGAUCCUAAAGGCCAAAGCCAGCACCAUCAAGGAGCUCAGAAUGGCAGUACUGGAAGUUCCAGCCGCGUCGGGUGAGGAGCCUCAUGGUCUAAACAUCACAACCCUGAGCACGAGCGGCCCCUUUCUCAUCGCGGCACUUGAGACUCCGUUGGAAACAGGGAAGUCCUACACGCUGGUCACCGAGUACGACUACGACAAGUCCGUGCGAGGCGGACCAAUCUCCCUGACGGCGGAGCUCGCCAAGAUGCAGCUCCAGAAAGGCGAGGCGCACGCCGCCUUCCCGUGCUUGGAGAGGACCGGCUGGAACGUUCCUGUGGCGCUCACGCUGCAGAUUCCCAAGGGCCACUCCGCCGUCGCGAAUGCGCCCAUGGACGGACAGCCGAGAGGUACUGGCAGCGUGAGCGUCAUUAAGUUCAAAGAUACAUUGGCCAUGCCUCCCGACAUGCUUGCCUGGGUGGCAUUCCCAACCACUCUGAAGCGGCUUGACGUCAUUACAGGCAAGAUGUCAAUUUACGCCAAAACGAAAAAUGCGGCCCUAAAGGCGUCCGCCAAGAACGCCUUGGAGUUUCUUCUCAAGUACUUCCAGGGCCCCGCAACAGAACCGGUCACAAAGAUCGGUGCGUAUUGA